AUGACAAUGAAGAAAUAUGAACAGGUUAUUAAUUCUUGCCAGAAUAUUAAUUUAUCAUCUGGUACUGCCAUAACGCCACCACUAUGGUCAGAAUCAUCAUUAUUGUUUGGUGGGCGUAAAGGAAGAUAUUUACCGUUGACAAUAAACAAUCUUAGCGAAAUAAAUGAGAUUCCAUAUCGAAUAGUAAUGCUUGGUGAUUAUUCCAGUGGUAUUAGCUUACUAAGAAGUGAAUUGAUGCAAUUAAAUUCAUUCAAAGAGAUUCCAUUUGUUGAUGCAGAAUGUUGCACGACAAUAACGCAGGAUGGACGUGAGAUGCAAAUUUGGCUUUUUGUUGAUUUGCAUAAUUUUGAAUUGUUUUGCGAACGGUGUACCGAAAGCAUUGAUUGUUGCAUAGCAUGCUAUUCGAUUACAAUUUCGCAAACCUAUCGGCAUGUCGUCGAAAAAUGGAUUCCCGAAUUUGUGAAUAAAUUCCCCAAGAAACCGAUCAUUUUAUGUGCAUUGAACGAUCGUGAAAUGUGUACGUGUGGUAGUGGCGGUAUAGAUGAAACGAUGUUUCAACAUGAUUUCAAUUUCUGUAACAGUCACCUUACACACAUUGAUGUUUCAAUCUUCGAUAAAGUGUAUUAUUAUUUGGACGAUAAUACUCCAUACUUAUCUGUAGUACCCGUUGCAGACGAUGUUAUUACACUUGGUGAUUUUAAAAAAGUUUUCAACAAAAGAGGAUACAAGUAUUUUUGCAAACAGUUGGAUGAAGCAGUUGGAUGCGAAGUCAAAGUGGAAAUUCGAGAUGAUUCGACAAAAUUGGUUAAAUCAGCAAAUGGGCUCAUCGAAUUGGUUCUUCUUUCUUCAUUCGAGAAUAUUUAUUGUUCAGGGACGUUACCGAAGGUAUCUAACAAAGCAAACAGAGGACAACUCGCUGGUGUUAAGUUGAAGGAUUUCAAUUUGAGAAAACGAAGAUCCUUGCAUGAUCUGGCUUGUGAAAAUCGCGACUUAUUAUGUAUACACAGGAACAAAAGUGAUGAGAACAGCAUAACAGCGAGCAGCUUGUCCACAGUGAUUAGUAAAAGAGCUGGUGAAGGUUUAGCAGAAUUAUAUGCAUCGAAUUCAGAAGAUCCAUAUCAUCUGGAAGAUAUAAAUUCAAGAUAUUUCAAACAUGCUGAUGCUUGUGCGGUUUUUUCUACUUCACAACUUGUUAGUCCCAAUGGGUUACCUCCAUGUCCUCGUCGUCAAAGACGUCCCCGUAAAGAAAGAUAUCGAAAACCAUAUGUACCGAGCACAAUUUCCUCAGUAACUGAAAGCAGCAUGACUUCUCUUUCACUUCCUCGAAUCAAUGUUGUAACGCUACCUAUGAAAAAUGGAGUCUUCUUGGGAAUUUCAGUACUAAGUCAUGAUGGUGGAAUUUUUGUUAGCGAUAUUCACAGUGGUGGUCUAGUUGAUUUGGACGGUCGAAUUGAAGUUGGUGAUCAGAUUGUGCAAGUGAAUCGAAAUUCAUUCGAAAAUUUAAACGACGUUGAAGCAGUUGAUCUACUACGUAAAGCAGCAGCUAGUCGAAGGCCAGUCACACUUUAUGUUGCUAAAAGAACAUGUAGCAGUUCAAAUAAGCGAGCAGAUAUACUCUCAGGGAUUGCUUCAGAAACGAUGCCUAUCGAUAUAUCCCUUUGGGUGGAAAGCACUAAACAGAAUAUUGCGAGGCCAGCAAAGGUUAUUGAGGAGAUAGUUUCACUCAAUGACGCUGACGCUACGCUUGUUGCUGAGGAAAAUGAGACAGAUUUAGAAGGUGCUUAUGCAGAGCGACGAAAUGGACUUCAUCCAAGCAAUCAAAAUUGUGCGAAAUUAAAGCAGCUAAAUUCACACGAUUUAAAUAUUUCGUUGAAUAUCGAAGAUAUUGCAAGACGUCGAGAAAAUGAAGAGAACGAACAACAGUUGGAUAAUUUGAAUGUUGAUAUGGAUCCGGUGAUUAUUCUGAAGUAUAUGGCCUUACCUAAUUCAGGAUUACAAAUAAAGAAUCGAAAAUGGUUAAAAAUUCCUGUGCCGAUGUCUUUCAUUGGCUGUGACCUUGUUGAUUGGUUAAUGGAACAUGUACACGGUAUCACGGAUCGUAAAGCAGCGCGCAUCUAUGCAUCAAAAUUGUUGGCAGAGGGACAUAUUAGACAUGUUGUUAAUAAACUUACAUUUACGGAAAAAUGCUAUUAUAUUUUUGAAGAUUCCAUACUUUCUGUUCGUAACAAAAAUAAAUCGGAUUCUUCACUGGGUAAAGCCGGUGCUGAAGUUACCACCGAGGUAACAUAUGUUGGUUCACCAGCACCAGCACAUCUGUCUCGUACUAAUGCACGAAAUACAUUAAGCGGAAAAGCCGUGCUUGAUCAAUCGUGGCCUCACUCAGCGGUAAUCUCAGGUGGACAGCGAAAAAGUUAUUGCGAAAGCUCAACGAAUGACUAUGCAUCCGUCAUGGGUCCAGAUAUGAUUGAUUCUACACUCCUUACAGAGGCACCAACGCUAAAGCUAUCACAUCGUACACUUCCUGAUCGUUUGGAUAUGGAACAGCGGAUUGAUGGAUGUCAGGUUGCUCAACCACCAAAUACACCGAACUCAUUACUGCAAGAGCAAAGGAAUGCUGAUAGUGAAACUGAAUUUGAAAUGAUUGAAGAUAACAAACUUUUGGUCAUGCAGUAG